AUGGCUGCUGAGCUGCGUGCACCUACCGACAAAGAACUCGCCGAGUUUGUUUAUGUCAAGACAUUAGCUCAAGACGCUCGUGACAAGAGUAUCAAUGUCCUUGGGAGAUUGGCCAAAUCUCCUACCGAUGAACCUCAGAAUGCCAUUCUCUUGUUUCAGAGAACACCAUUCGAUGAAGGUGAAAUCCUUGACAUAUCCACCAGAUUUCAUACAUGGAAACCAAUCGAGUUUAAUGACAUUUAUUAUCGCUACACUGGCCAAACGUAUGACAUUGAAAGAUAUCCCGCUUUUAAAGCGACACUGAUUUGGCCUGCGACCGAUGCUCAUAUCGCCAAGUAUAGCCUUCAGGCUCGACGUCUGUUCAACGAAACCCCAGAGAUUUAUCAAAGCGUCGUGAAGCCGUAUAUCGAUGCACUCCCUCUAUCUAAAAUACAAUGGGUAUACAACAUACUGGAGAAGAAAGCAGAGGCUGACACUAUUAUUCUCGAAGUUGAGGGUGAAGAAAAAGGAUUUAUUCUUACUCCUGAUAUGAAAUGGGAUGGCAUUACCAUGGAUGCACUGUACCUUACCGUGAUUGUGCACAGGAGAGACAUCAAAUCCUUACGCGAUCUGAACGCUUCACAUCUUCCACUGCUCAAGGAAAUCAGACGCAAAGUACUUGAACUUAUUCCUCAAAAAUACCCAGCAGUUGGUGCUGAUGAAGUCAGGUUAUUUGUUCAUUAUCAACCAACCUACUAUCAUUUUCACGUACAUGUUGUUCACCUGAGGCAUGACACUAUCCCAGGGGGGAUUGUUGUUGGCAGAGCCCAUUUGUUGGACGACAUUAUUGGCAACAUUGAAACCUUUGAUCCAAAUUACUAUCAAAAAGCCACUCUUACUUACUUUCUCGGUGAGAACGAUGCACUUUUUGGUCGUCUCAGCGAAGCUGGGGCUAGGGUUUCGCCUUGA